AUGCCCAGUCGUUCGAGCAAGUCAAGCCUGUCCACAAAGUCCUUCACGUCGGCGAGCUCGCACUUUAAGGACAGCGCUGAGAACGACAAGCACUGGAAGUCAUCACUCUACGAGGAACUCGCCAGCAAGGGGACUGAACUUAGCACCGCGGAGACACCAAGAACCAGACGCCAACACGAAAUUGCCACGGCAAUCGCCACAAUUGGGCUGCUGGUGGUCAUCGGCGCUCUUCUGGCAGCCUACUUCUACACAACAGGCAUGAAGCGCAAAAAAGUGGUGACGUGCGUGACCGAGGACUGCGUCGCCUUUGGCCAAGAACUGAGCGCAGCCAUCAACAAGGCGGCCGACCCGUGCCACGACUUCCACGCGUACGUCUGUGGCACAUGGGACGACCCCAAUCGUCAGGUGUCCACCGAGGACCAAAUGAGAACUGCAGCCUUGAAUAUGGCGAUCAGGGAGGUAAGAGAGGACAAAUCGCAUGUCGGGAGAGCGGCGCAGUUCUUUGAGAGUUGCAACAGGGCCGCUACUGAUACCACGGAGAACCUGAGGCUGUUCACGGAGCUCCGCGCAUCUCUCGGGCUGACCUGGCCCGAGCACAGUACACCAGAUGUGAAGCAUCCGCUGGACAUCAUGGUCGACUUGGCGCUGAACUGGCAGAUGAACUUCCUGUUCGAUAUAACCACCACCUUCGUUCGAGGAUCUCCAACGCUGCUCGUCCUACGAGGUCGUCUGGAUGCUGUUUGGGAGCAGGACCUGCGUAACCCUAGGACGCCCGAGCACAUCGUCGAAGCCAAGAUCGACUUCCUCUACGACACUCCUCAACAAGACUGGUUACGUGUAGGCGACCUCGACGAUAAGACGCCGACGUUCUCGACAGGCUCCUGGCUAAACGCCCUCGCUAAGCAUGACAAACAGUUCAACUGGACCCGUGACAGCCCUGUGAUCGUCGAGGACAUCAAGAUACUAGAAACCACGGCAAGAUUGCUGAAGAAUUUGACUCGUGAAAACUUGGUCGUAGCGUUGUCGUGGAUAUUCAUUCAGACCCACCUCUGGGCUGUCGUCGGUACACCAUCGCUAAGAUUUCGUGGCUCAUCCUCGGAAGUGCAAACCAUGAAGGAGCACGGCUGCAUGACGUACGUCGAAUCACUUCUCGGUCUGUCCAUCGUGGCCAAACUGAUGAGUGAUCGCUACGGUUACCUCGAGAGCCGGCACCAUGCUGUCAGCUUCUGGGCAGGAUGA